AUGUUCCCGUACCCAAGCGGUACCCUCCACCUUGGCCAUCUUCGAGUCUACACCAUUGCCGAUGUGGUGGCGCGAUACCACACCCUCAAGGGUGACAAGGUCAUGCUGCCAAUGGGCUGGGAUGCCUUUGGUCUGCCCGCAGAGAAUGCUGCCCUUGAGAGGGGCGUCCCCCCUGGAGGUUGGACCAAAACCAACAUUGCCAAAAUGAAGAGUCAACUGGAUGUAAUGAAUGGGAGCUGGGAUUGGUCACGAGAAUUGGCCACGUGCGACCCUGAAUUCUAUAAGCAUACGCAAAAGCUGUUUUUGAUGCUCCACGAAGCUGGCCUGGCAUAUCAAGCCGAAGCUGAAGUCAAUUAUGAUCCAAUAGACAAGACAGUAUUGGCCAACGAGCAGGUCGAUGCAAACGGCUUUUCGUGGAGAUCAGGCGCCAAGGUGGAAAAGAAGAAGCUGAAGCAAUGGUUCUUUCGCAUAUCCGAGUAUAGCGAAGACCUCCUCAAGGACCUCGAUAGCUUGGCCAAAGACGGUGCUUGGCCUGAGCAUGUCAUUUCUCAGCAGAAAAAUUGGCUAGGAAAGUCCACCGGUGCUUUGGUCAAGUUCCCCAUCAUGGCCAUCGGGCAUGAUAUUGGCGCUGCCAUCGAAGUGUUUACCACUCGGCCGGAUACCUUGUUCGGAGUUCAGUAUAUUGCGCUCGCUUCCAGUCACCCCGUGGUGGCUCAGCUGGCAAAGAAAGAUCCCGAGCUGCAAGCGUUUCUUGACACGCUUCCUGGCCUACCUCCAGACUCCAAAGUUGGCUACCUGCUACCGCACAUCCGUGGCGUCAAUCCUCUGGCCUAUCAUGACGAUACCCCCGACGCUACCAAGGAAUCGUUGCCCAUCUAUGUAGCUUCAUAUGUACUGGGUGACUACGGCGAAGGAGCUGUUAUGGGGGUUCCUGGCCAUGAUACGCGGGAUCAUGCCUUCUGGCGAAAGCAUACCGCCGAGCAGCCCGUGCGAAUUGUACUGGCCGCAUCUGAGGACGAGUCAACAACGACAUUCGACAACGAGCCCGAGCCAUUCGUCCACCAUGGCUAUAUGACGGAGCAUAGUGGCGUCUUCAAGGGCAAACACUCCAAAGAAGCGGGCGAGAUGAUGAUUCGUAUGCUCGAAGCAGCUGGUCUUGCCACACCCACCACGAAAUGGCGAUUGAGAGACUGGCUCAUCAGCCGCCAGCGGUACUGGGGUGCUCCCAUACCCAUCGUUCACUGCGAUUCCUGCGGCUCUGUGCCUGUGCCAGACGAGCAGCUCCCCGUUCUGCUACCGGAGGUAGAUAACCAUUGGGCACAGGGCAAGGCAGGCAAUCCUCUGGAGUCGACUCCCGACUUUGUCAAGACCGAAUGUCCCAAAUGCAACGGCCCAGCCCGGAGAGACACCGAUACUAUGGAUACGUUUGUCGACUCAAGCUGGUACUACGCUCGUUUUGCCGAUCCUCACAAUUCAAAUCAGCUCUUCUCUCCCGAAGCCGCCAAAUCACUCCCCGUUGAUAUUUACAUUGGAGGCGUUGAACACGCCAUUCUUCAUCUCUUAUAUGCCCGAUUCAUUUACAAAUUCCUAGCCACCACCUCGCUUCUACCUCAGCCUUCCGAGUCGGAAGCCCUGUCUGCCGAACCGUUUAAACGCCUCAUCACCCAAGGCAUGGUACACGGCAAGACUUACAUCGACCCUGAGAACGGCAAAUUUCUCAAGCCAGACGAGGUCGACCUGUCAGAUCCUUUGGCGCCUCGGGUCGUAGCCACAGGUGAACCCGCAACGAUAGCUUUCGAGAAGAUGUCCAAGUCGAAAUACAAUGGAGUAGACCCCACCGAGUUUACAUCCAAGUACGGCGUCGACCCUACCCGAGCUCACCUGCUCUUCCAAGCGCCAGUCGCAGAUGUCCUUAACUGGGAUGAGUCCAAGAUUUCUGGCGUCACGCGCUGGCUACAGAAGCUCCACGAUCAGGUAGUGGCGCUGGCGAAGUCGCCUGAAGAAUCGCUACCGGCAAAAGAAUAUUUUGCUGCGCGGCCCCCUCUGAGCGCCAGUAAGUCGAAGAAGUUGAGCGCGGCAGAGAAGGAGGAAGUGUUGAAACGUGAUUCCGAGACGGCUCUUUGGCGCGAGACGCAAAAGAAGAUUGAAUCCAUCACGCGGAGCUACGAAAAGAUAUACCCGCUCAACGUGGUCGUGUCAGAUCUAAUGACUCUCACCAACGAGUUGGUUCAGUACAAGACAGCAGAUGAAGGCAUCCGACGGCAGACGGCAGAUACCAUCAUCCGCCUCAUGGCGCCCAUCACACCCGCCUUUGCAGAGGAGUGCUGGAGUCUCCUACACCCGUCCAAGGGCUCCAUAUUCGAGUCCGCCAGCUUCCCCGUACCGGAUGGCAGUCUGUCGAUGCUCAAAGCGGAAUUCAUCAACUGCGCCGUACAAGUCAAUGGCAAGCUUCGCGGCACGGUGACCAUCCCGCGCCCGUCGAGCGGCUUGAAAGGCGACGCCCUACGAGACUGGAUAGUGAAUGCGAUUCUGGAGACGGAGGACGGGGAAAGUCGGUUUGGCGAAGGCGGGUAUAACGUGCGGUCAGCCAGGAGGACGAUCCCGGUGGACGGGGGAAAAGUUAUCAACUUUGUAAUAUAGAAUAGCGUUGAAGAUAGAACGGAUACCCAACUCCGUAUGUUCUUAUAGACAUGUUUUUUCCCCCUCCCUGGUAUUGCAAUGUUGUCAUGGCCCACUUACUCCUCUCAGUAGUUGGUUGUAAUGAGAGUUCUAGUUAAGGAUGGGCGACUUGUGCAAAUUCUAGCAAAUUGUAGCAAAAUCAAGCUAGCAAUCAGGGCAGUCUAAAGUCUAAUCUAAUCGCGAUGUCUCCUGU